AUGGAUAGAAAACCAGGGCAUUUGACAAAAUCAGUGCAGGAGAUCGCUGGAUCUUUAUUCUGGAUAAAGGUAGUGCUUUAUUUUACAGGGAAAGGACAACAUGUUUCUAUUUCAAAAGUAGUCGAAACAUUCAUUUUUUACAGUUCUCAGCAUGUGAGUAUACUGUAUUAACUCAGAGUCUGUAAAAUAAUUUGUAUUGCACCAGGUUGUUGGCAUAGGAAAUGAUGGCGUAGGGAAGACUUGUCUUGUGAAGAACUUCUGUGAAAAAAAGGUGCAAAAAUGAACUAUUUAACUCUAACUUAACCUGCGAUCAGACUCCCGAAGGGGCUUUACACAGUUGGCAAUAAACAAGCGUCAAGAAAAACCACAAUUUCAGUUUAUUAUCAUACUUUAAAACAAAAUAUCAUUGAUUAUUUAAUACUGGGAAGCAAAAUAUUAUUAUUUUAAUUUUAUUCCUUGAAGAAGAUUUUAUUUGAACACAAAAUCAAUUGAAUGCAUUAUUCUAAUGGCAGUGAAGUUAAUUCUGAUCAUUGUAUCUUUCCUUCUUAGUUUUCUAAAAGCUACCACCCAACAGUGGGAGUCGAUUAUGGUAGGUCUAUAGACAGUGCUUAACCCUUUAAGCCCCAGUAUCCACAUACAAAUUCUCCAAACUAAUCUCUAUACAUUUCCUUAAAGAAUAAGUUAAGAGAAUUUGAUAAUAGAUCAAGGCAUUUUCUCUUGUGUGAUCAUUUUAUUAAUUCUCAUAACUUAUCUCUUGACAGUGUAUGGAGGUUGUUUGGAGAAAUUUGAUCUUGGUCACUAUUGGGACUUAAAGGGUUAAUCCCCAUAUGUGAUAAUCGAUAAUGAUGACGAUGACGAUGAUGAUGAUGUCACAAUGAUGUGAUAUGGUGAUAAUGAUGAUGAUUUGAUGGUGAUAUUCAGCAAUGAUGAUCAAGCUUGAUGAUAAGAUGCUGAUGCCGAGGCUAAUUAUCAUGAGGACAGUGAUGAUGAUGACGAGAUAAUAAAUGAUGUGAUGUGGGAUAAUUUGUUAUACAGUCGAAUCCCGAUAACUCGAACCCUCUAUAACUUGAACCUCCCGCUAAAUCAAAGCAAUUUACAUUUCCCUUCAGACCGUUUUCUAUAUAAUUUUACCCUCGAUAACUCAAACUCCUGGUAACUCGAACUAUUUUCUCUUUCCCUUGAAGGUUCAAAUUAUCGGAAGUCGACUGUAAUUUCAAAUCUAAUACUAACGAUGAUGUAAUGGUGUUGAGGUGGUAGUGAUGAUGUUGUCAUAAAAUUAUGAUGUUGAUGAUGAUUUAGGUAUGUUUACAUCUGAGGACUUCCUCAAAAGAGAACACUUUAGAGGGGCAUGCAUAUUCAACAUCUUGGUUAAUUUUUUUUCUUAGCUUGGAAACUAAAAUUAACCAUAAUAUAUUUUUGAGACCACUAACAUCAUGAAAUAAAUUUCAUUCUUGUUUGCUAUUUGUACUUUCAGGAUUCAAGCUGCACAAAAUUAAUGGCGUUGACUGUGAGUUUGCUCAUUGCACGCAAAAUCAAACUCAGUAGAUUUUAAAAGAAAAGAAGUGGUUUGAACCACUUGUCAGCAUUAAUACUAAGUAUUCUAAGUGUCAGCAUUAAGUAACCUUAUAAACCUCUGAAAAGACAUGGUACCUAUCACUUCUGUAAUCAUUCUAGGAAAGAUCUAUAUCAUUAUUCCCAACAAAAAUAAUGUUUUGCUUUCAUUCCCUGAUCCCCCACCUCAGGAAAUUCCAGUUUAGCCCAAUCAUAUUCUUGGUUUGUAACCAUGUCAACUAAAAUGGCUGCCAAUAUGAUGUUUACAAGCUGACAACCUGAAAUUCUGUACUUUUAUUAGAGACUGGCCUGCAUCCCCUUUGAUUAGGGAAUUUUUGGAAAAAGUGAUGAACAGCUUAACUGUGACAAAAAAGGCUGGUAUUAUUAGAAGUAAACACGGAUGGCAGUGAUAAAGAUGUGCUUUUUUCCCUCACAGAUAGGAUCAAUUUCUGGGAUUUUGGCGGUCAUGCAGAUUAUGAUGAAAUAAGAGUUGAACUUUAUGGGCAGACACAGGUUAGAGUUAAGCUGAUGAGUAGUAAAAAAAUCUACACAAUAGUUACCUGACUGUAUACCCACAAGUUUUCAUUAAGUUUCCCUUUUUCAGACCAAAUGCCAAAAUUCAGCACUGUUCCAAGUCGUCCUUGGCAAUUUUCAGAUGUGACAUCACCUGUCAAGCUUGUCAGAGAAUUUAUCAUGCUCAGUUCUUAACCCCUUUUGCUCACUCAAAUAGCGUGAACUGGCCUCAGCGGACGAGGCUAGCCACAUUCUUAGUCACAUGUUUAAUAAUUAUUGGAGUAUGAAUGCAAAUAAUGAUUUCAAAGUGCACCCUGAUUAUUAGUGAAGUUUAAUAAAUUUGUUGUUGACUGUGUACUUACAGGCUUGUAUUCUGGUGUUUGAUGUUACAAACAAGUUAUCAUUUGAUUCUCUGGAGUACUGGCUGCAAGAGUUUACCAGUAAUGGUGGAAAACAAGCUGUUAUCGCUGUGGUAGCUAAUAAGGUCGCUCUUGUCCAACUGACUUACAGGCAUUAAAAGUUCAAACUAUAAAACCCCUCCAUUCCCAACAAGUUCCAAAUUCUGCCCGAUAAGCUCAAUUGAAUAAGCGCCAGUCUACCAAGCCAUUGGUUCCAACCCCGGUCGGACCGACACACAGGGUCUUUAAAUAACUGAGGGGAAAGUGUUGCCUUUGUAAAGACAUCUGAAAACAGUUAGACUUUCUAGUCUUCUCAGAUAAGGACGAUAAACCAUAGCUCCCAUCUCAAAACCCUUGCAAAUUUAAACAAUUCUGCAGGAUGUUAAAGAACCUACACACUGUUUGUAAAGAGUAGGGGACCUGGUCCCGGUGUGGUGGUCUAUCUCUCAUGGAGGAGGGGGAGGGACUGUUACGGGCUCACAUAGUGGCAUGUCGCGCUAUUGCAGAGACCCUGCCAAUAAUUGGCAAACCUAAGUAAAAAUAAAAUCAAUAAAUAAGGCAAAUGGCAUUGAACUUAGUAGAAACUAAAAGUACUUUUUGAGAUGUUUCAUUUGAGUCGUAAUGCCAGACUUUACUUCAUUCAGAGACUCAUCACAUUUUUUAUGUUAGUACUACCUUCAUGUCUUUGAGAACAUCAAGUAAUCUCAGAAUUGCUGCAGAUGGAUUAUGCAUCUCUAGUAAUAUAAAGAAGUUGGGUGCUGCUUUAUCAAGCCCUCAUACAGUUUCUUGGACCUCCCAAUAAUUCAUGUCAAAAUUAAAACUGACUGUCCUUCCCAAGCCAAACAAUGAAAAUAUCCCCACAACCACCCCAGUUUGUUAAAAAAAAUUAAUUCAAAACAGUUCAAACCCAUUUGGCUCACCACAGGAGGCUUGAGAAGUGUGAAUUCCAUAUUUGUACAAAAAUGGCCAUGGUGCUCAUCAGCUACCUUGAAAUAUUCUCAUUUUGAUCAUACUUUCAUUCCCAUUACAGACUGAUUUAAACUCCAAACGAGCUGUAAGCAGCAAGGAUGGACAGAGAUGGGCAAAAGCCCAUGACCUAAGGUCUGUAAACCUUCAUUGUUUUUUUCUGAAUUCUAAUUAGCAAAGGUUGUUUAAAUAAAAAUACAAAAACAAGUAAAAAGUAGCCUAGGUAAAACUGAAUGACGUUUGACUAGAAAUUGGUGUCAUGAUGACACCAAAAUGUUGUUAAGUUUAAUCGGCCAGGGUUGUCACUAAGAUUUCAAGUUGCCGGGUAAAUACAACAAGUAGGCGGGGAAUCAAAUGGCUAGGGAUUUCUUUUGGUUCUAUUUUUCUUCUAUUUUUCAAUAAAAGUAGCCGGGGGCCACUCAAUUUGUAGCCGGGGAAAAUCCCCGGCCCCCGGCUCUUAAUGACAACCCUGUCGGCAAUUACUUUUAACUUGUGUUUCUGAAUUGUUGGUCUUUAUACCACUGAGCUCUUGAAACAUUUUAACUUUGCUAGUUUUGAGACAAUUCUUUUUAUAUCAUGCAGAUACUAUGAGACAUCAGCAGCUACUGGACAAGGUGUUCAUGAGAUGUUUAGUGGAGUGCUCUCGGCGGUGGUGGAAGCCAAGCUUGUAAAAGCCAAACCUGUCAUCAGCACAGAUCAAAGUAAACAGAGAUGAACCCAAAGGAAAUUGAUAUUAUUUUCUUAAUAGAUUGUAAAUCUUGUAUUUAGGGAUAAUUUGUUUAAGCAUUCUUGGCAACCAGCAGUUGGUCAGGGAAUUAGGACCUUAUUAUAAUUACGAUCCAAGGACGGUAAUGGCAGCUCAAUGUCACCUAACAAGAGAAUUAAUGCAUUUUUUCACUCCUCAUCACAACUAACUCAGUGACUUUGUCAAAUAUAGGUAAACUCUCCUGAAGUGAAUUCUUAAAAACCACAUCCAAGUUCAGAAAGAGAAAGCUAAAAAAAAGUUUCACUUCUUCUGACGUCCUCAAAACAUGAAAUAAGGCAUUUUCACUUCAUAUUCAUAUCACAGUGAUGAGAACAAAGUGUGAUGCACAUGCAAAGUUGUUGUUUUGCUCAUGAAACUUAUUGCUUUCUUGACAUUCUCAUUACUGUUGUUGCAUCUUAAGUCCCCUAAAGUCACCCACAAUGGCAGAAUUUUAACUUUAAGGAGGGGCAGGCAAUUCAUCUGCAAGGAAUGACAUUGUUUUUUUUAAUAAUUACUGUAUAUAAUAAAGUAACUAUUAUUAUAAAUUGAUUUAGUUUUGCAGAGUAGUAACAAUCAUACAGGCCUUAUUUGGUUAAUAUUAUUGUAGGUCACAAUGAUAUACUUAGUGUUGAAGAAAAGCCCGUUUUUCUGAGGUAGAUGUACAUGUAGGUCACUGUGAUAAUUUAUCGGAGUAAAAUAAUUAAUGAUACAUGCAUAUUUCUAUCAUACAACGAUUUUUAUUAUUGCCUUCUAGAUUCAAACAUUUAAAAAAUGAACAAAAUGUAACUAUAAU